AUGUUGUUGGCCAGAUUGUUCAUGUUGGUGCUCUCAGUGAAAUUUAUGCUAAAGGGAAACAAACGACCAAACUCAAUGUUAUUCUUCGAGAUGGAACAUUUGACUUGCACUCUUUGGGGUGAAUAUGGGAAACAAGUUGUAAUUGAAAAAAAUAACAAGUCAAUUAUUGUUUGUGUUGUGCGUCUCGCAUGUGUUACCGAGUAUAAAGAGUCAGCCAGUUAUCAUAUCCACCAAACUCAUGCCAAGCUGUGGAGUGGAGAGGACAUAUGGGACUAUGAGAUAUACAACCAAAAACGUAAAACUGAACCUUUGAUUAAAUACUACAAAAGAAGAAUGAAGAAGAACAAAGAGAGGAGCAGAGAACAAGCUACGAAGAAAAAAGAAGAAGAAGAGGAGACUUGA